AUGAAUAAAAAAUGUUUUGAAAUGCAUAUUUUUGAGAUGUAUGUUACAUUAAUAAUGUUCACAAUGUUCACAGUAUGUCGUGCAAAUUAUUUGACCAAAAACAUUUAUUUACAAGGCUAUGGAAAUUAUCCUGUGAACUGGUAUGAUGAUGUUUUAAUACUAUAUGUAACCUUAAUAAAUGACGGUGAUAUUCCGGUUAUGGCAUCCGUCAAGAUGAUAAAAUGUUGUGAAGAACUUUUUACGAGUUAUGACAUGGAUUGUAAUCAUUUGAAAUUGUAUGGAUCACGGAAACAGUUGGAAGGAUCUAGCAACACUAAUUAUACGCUCACAUAUCCUAAUGCCUACCCGUACAAUCGCAAAGGGAAAUGUAAUAUAGACAUCUCCAUAUACAUAAAUCAAACUAAGGUUUCGAGAUAUUUGCAAAAUAUUACAUUUGAUACAACUAAAAAACCAGAAGACAUAUUUUUGCUACAAGAAAGUAUGUUUAAUUUUGACACAAAAUUUAAAUUGUGUGAGUCGCCAGAUGAAGACCCAUUAGAUUUCUGCGCACCAGUUAAUUGUCACAUGAAAUAUCAAGGUUCGAGGAGCUUAUUUGACUCUGAUAAAAGGCAAUGCGUAUCUAUUCCAGUAUGCAAUAGAAGAACGAACAAUAACAAUUCAUCAAAUAUAGUAUAUGAUCCUUAUAGCAACGACUGCAUAGCUUUGACGGAUAAGAUAUCAAUAACUGACAUUGAUAGUAUACUUAAAGAAACAGAAGAUAAAAAUACAUUUAAAAAUAAAAAAACAAAAUUCCUCUAUCAAUCAAAUAUUCGGUGUCACCAUGGCAAGAUGGACCAGAUUAAUCGGUCUUGUAUUUGUGAUGACGGUUGGACCAGUACUCUAAAUUGGAAUUUUCCCAUCGUUUCUACAGUGCCAGUUUUUAUGUGUACUGUUCCAAUUCAAAGUACAAAAAUUUGCAAACUUCUAAUUAUGAUAAAUAACCUUGGAUUCAACAAUCUCUAUUGGGCAUUAACAUUAUCAUCAAUAUGGUAUUUUGUUAUUCAAUUAAUAAUAAGCUACAUAGCUAUUACGCUAGAACCUACAGAUUGUUAA